AUGUCCAAGACUGCUGAUAAGGUAUUUGAGAUGUUAGAUGCCAUUGUGGAGAGGAUUGGGGAGGAAAAUGUUGUCCAAGUAGUCACCGAUAAUGCUGCAAAUUAUAAGUUGAUGACCAUGUUUACUUCUAAACAGUGGAGUUCAUGUAGGUUUGCAAGAAUAGAAGAAGGGAAACGAAUUCAAAAUUAUGUUUUGGACAGCAGGUUUUGGCAUGAUGUUACUAUAUGUAUUAAGGCAGCAUUUCCUCUAAUUAAAGUUCUUCGAUUAGUUGAUUCUGAUGAGAAACCAGCUAUGGAAAGGAUGGCACCUAAUGCAAAUAAAAUGUGCAAAAUUGACUUGCAACUUGAAUCAUUCAAGGAUGCAAAAGGGUUGUUUGACAUUGAGGCUGCCAAGACAGCUAGAGAUAAAAAAACUCCAGCUCAAUGGUGGGAUUCUUAUGGGGAUGAAUGUCCAGAAUUACAAAGGCUUGCAAUCCGAGUUCUAAGCUUGACUUGUACAUCAUCUGGAUGUGAGCGUAAUUGGAGUGCAUUUGAAAUGGGAGAAAAACAUUCAAACAUUGAUUUGCUUGGUGCUAUUGAUAGUGCAACACGAAGACAAAAUGGUAAUGAAGAUGAAAGUGAUGAAGAAGAAAUUCCUAAUGAUGCUGAAAUGGAGAGUCAUGGUACUGAAGAUGAUUUGGAGAUUCAAAUUGAUGAUAUUGGUGUUGGUACUAGUAGCAGCACUAAUGCUCAUAAUAUUGGUGUUGAUACUAGUAGUGACACUAAUAAUCCUCUUAAUGCUAAUGAUAUUGAUGAAUGGACAUUGCCUAAACUAGCCCACAAGAGCAUUUCUAAGUAA